GUAAUACUACCGAACGAGACGAGAUUUCUGUCGUGUAAAAAGUAAAUGUCUGUCGUGGCGCGGCUCUACAUAUUUGGAAGACACUUUGUUUCAUAUUCGAGUUAAUAAAUAAUGUUAAAGGGGAAUGUGUAAUUAAAACCAUUGAGGUACUGUUACAGUACCCGUACCUGAGCUACGUAGAUCUAAAAUAAUUACUUUGAAAACUUCUAAUUAUCGCUUCAACCUGUUGAUGAUACUAAAUCAAGAUGGCGGAAGCUCACUCAGCUGUUGCAUUUUCUUUUGCGAUUACCCAUGAUGGAUGGGACGUCAACUUUGACCGUGAGGUUCUAUAUUUGGUGUGGGAAUCCGGUCUUCGUUCCUGGAAAAAGCGACUGGCGAGAUUUAGGAAUAGUGUUCACAAUGGUGUAUAUCCUGGACAUCUUCAGUCUCUUUACGUACUAUGGAGUCUUCUGGUUGCUGCCCAUUUUGGUGGCUUCAAUAUACCAUUCGGACUCGUUCAAAAGGCGUUAACGAUACUUCCUGGCACUUCUACUUUGUGGCAAAUAAUAGCUUGCCUACUAGCAGCCUUGACAAUGUGGCUAUCAGUUAUUUUCUUAAUGAGAUAUACACUCAAACUACUGUUAAUGUACAAGGGGUGGAUGUACGAGUCUAGAGCCCCUGGCGCGAAGAUAUCAUUGAAAACAAAAUUGUGGGCCAGCAUUGUUAAAGUUCUCUCUGGCUGGAACAAACCUAAACUUUAUAGUUUUCAAGGAUCUUUGCCGAGACUACCUUUGCCCUCUGUCGAAGACACCAUGCGACGGUAUCUAAUUAGUGUCCGUCCGCUUUUGGACGAUGAGAAUUACAAAAGAGUAGAAAGGCUGGCAAAAGAAUUUGAAGAGACUAUUGCAGUAAAGUUGCAACGUUAUCUCAUUUUGAAAUCAUGGUGGUCUAGCAACUACGUGUCUGAUUGGUGGGAGGAGUACGUGUAUUUACGUGGUCGUUCACCACUAAUGGUCAACUCCAACUUCUAUGGCACCGACGCUAUCUUACUGAACAACACAUCCAAACAGGCGGCCCGUGCUGCGACCUUCAUAUAUCUUUGCAUGAGGUUCAGGAGGCUUAUUGACAGACAGGAACUUGAACCGAUAAUGCUGCAGUCUAUGGUGCCGUUAUGUUCAUGGCAAUACGAGAGAUUGUUCAACACGGUCCGAGUGCCCGGUAUUGAGACAGACAAAAUUGUCCACUACCAGGACUCGAACCAUGUAACCGUACAUCACAAGGGAAGGUACUUCAAAGUGAUCGUGUACUCCAGAGGUCGCCUGUUGAAGCCAUGUGAGAUUCAAGCUCAAAUUCAGCAGAUUCUUGAUGACGAUUCUGCACCGGCGGUGGGUGAAGAGAGACUAGGCGCCCUUACGGCAGGUGAACGCUCUCACUGGGCCCAUAUACGUCAGACUGAAUUCAACCGUGGCCACAACCGGACCUCGUUGCAUUGCAUUGAAAGGGCAGCUUUUAAUGUUUGCUUGGACGAUGAAGAGUAUGGUUUUGAUGAGAAAGAUCACUCCUCGUUAGAUAAAUACGGUCGUAUUCUAUUGCACGGCAAGGGCUGCGACCGCUGGUUCGAUAAAUCCUUCAACCUCUGCUUUAGCACCAAUGGCUUCGUUGGCUUCAACGCUGAACAUACAUGGGCGGACGCGCCAGUGAUGGGUCACCUUUGGGAGCACGUCAUUUGGUCUGAACUCGAACUCGGAUACGACGAGAAUGGCAACACUAAGGGCACGGUGGAUACCCCCCCGCCGCCACCCAUCCGCUUGCAGUGGGAACUGGAUAAGGAAGAUAUCUUGAGCGCAAUCGACGUCUCCUACAACGUCGCACAAAAACUACUUAAUGAUGUCGAUCUGAGAAUCCUUAUGUAUACGAAAUACGGAAAAGGAUUCAUGAAGAAAUGCCGCGUGUCCCCCGAUGCGUACAUCCAAUUGAUACUGCAACUGUCGUACUAUCGCGACGCGGGCCGCUUCUGUCUCACAUACGAAGCAUCUAUGACCCGCAUGUUCCGCGAGGGGCGCACGGAAACUGUGAGACCUUGCACCAUAGAGAGCUCCGCUUGGGUAAAGGCGAUGGUCGAUCCCAAUGUUUCGGUGGAGGAACGCAUGGAGCUAUUCCUGAAGGCUAGUCAACGGCACCAGCUCGGCUACCAGGACGCGAUGUCUGGACGCGGCAUAGAUCGUCACCUGUUCUGUCUCUACGUAGUCUCCAAGUACUUGGAGCUAGAGUCCCCAUUCUUGCAAGAGGUGUUCAAUGAACCCUGGAGACUAUCCACCAGUCAGACGCCACACGGUCAAACAAGCUUGAUCGACCUGAAGAAACAUCCGAAUUGCAUCAGCGCGGGCGGUGGAUUCGGCCCGGUAGCGGACGACGGGUACGGGGUCUCAUACAUAAUCGUCGGUGAAGAUAAACUCUUUUUCCAUGUCUCCAGCAAGAGGAGUUGUCCCAUCACGAGUUCCUCAAACUUUGUGCAGCAAAUCGAACGCUCUCUGAAAGACGUUCAGGACCUCUUCGUUGAAUAUAUGAAACUCAAAAGUUGUCAAAAGUAGCAAAUACUUAGAAAUAAGUCUUGAUAUUUCCGUUGUUUUUAUAUAUAUAUUGAGUAGUUAUUAAUCAUUUUUACGAUUUUACACCAUUGUCUAGAUGUUUAGACUAGUCUUGCGUUUGGGAUUUGUUUCUGUUAUUUAAACUAUGUGAUAACUGUUCACAAUACUAAUAUUCGUUUUAUAGAAGAUUACUUAAAAAUUCUCUAGUCCUUGAGAUGAGAUUUAGACUCGUUAUCUUUCGCAAUCGUGGCUAUGCUCUAAUCUAAUAUUGCGAUGACCGAUAGCGUAGCGAAACUAAUAUAUUUCACAAGCACUUAUUUCUUUUGAUACGGGAAGCAUAUCGAUGAUACAAUGUACAGGCAAACAAACAGCCGAAACAAAUAAUAUUACAAGUAAUGUUUACUACAGAUCAUCACACUGCUAUUAACAUACAUAGGCGAGUGUUACCUUAAUUAGGGGACGCUCAUAUUAGUGUAAUUAUUAUAUCUAAGGUGCUCAAGGGAUAAUAUUUAGAUUGUAUACACUUCUCGAGACUAAUUACAGCAAGUUCCAACUGAUGUGGCGCAUUGUGAAUCUUAGUAUGAGACGAAGACCUACCAAAUUUGACAACUGUAAUUGCACAUUCGGUACGAUUAAUUUAAAUAAUUAUUCCUGUUUCAAUAUGUUUCCGUCUCACUCGAUCUCAAUGGACACCAAUCGCGUGGAUUGCCUGAUGGCGGAAGAUUUAACUUACUGUACUUAGUUUUUGUAAAUCUCACGUAAACGAAUUUCUCGUAAUUCUUUUGAAAAAUUAAGCUGUUUACACACAGUUUAUAUAACGGACGGAUAGCGGAUGAGUAAUUUCCCCCUGACCAUACUAGUCUAACCAUCAGUUAAACCAAUGAGUAAUAUCACUUUUUUGUUGUUGUUGUAACAUGUAGUUUAUGUGAACGACUUACACUGGUUUUUUAGGUUAAGCAAAGACUCAAAGUAUUCUUUAGAUGCAAGUAUACAAAUAAUAUUGUGAAUAAAAAUAUGCAAAGGAAAUGAAAGUGUUCAAAAGAGCAAUGAAUUUGUUAAUGGAUGCCCUUAUAUAGUGCAGGUUUAUAAUUAAUCAAUUAGAUACAAUUUAUCGAUAUAAUGAUUUUCCUAUAUAUAUAUUAUGUAAAGACAAAUCAGUGUGAUAAAUCAUGGCUAAGUACAUGUAACUGUUUAUUAUUUACAUGCCUUAAUUUACGACGAUGCACGCUGUAAUUAAUCUUCAAAUUCAUCGUGUUGAUUAAUUAAUAAACACGGUAUUUAAUAUAUUUGCGAUCGCGAUCCUCUGUCGAUAAAAUGGUGAUACUAUAUCUGGCCUUGAGAAAUUGUCGAAACAUAGGUACUAUCGAAACUAUCGCCUAACACCAAUGAUAUUUUAUGUAAUGACUGCGAAUAAGAGUUUAAAAAUAGUCAAAUAUGCUGAUUAUCAAAUAGCACUUUAGAACUCCACUCAUAUCUACUAUCGGAUCACAAGUUUGAUGUUAACGAGAAAAGCCAAAGAAAUUUAGAAACAAUUAUAUGUAAAACUUUUUCUUAAGGUCAAUUAUAGAUUGCUAAACUAUUGCUACUACAAAAACAUAAGGUAAACUCCACGAUAGCCGCUAGUAAUAAUAUUUAGGCCUGUGUAAUUGUAAGGGUUUUUUUUUUAAUAUUCGUUCUCGUUUGUGGGGGUAAUAAUUCUGGGGCAAUACAUAGAAUAGCCGGGAUUUGCAAUUACUCUAAUCUAAGCCUCAGCCUGUUCGUGAUUGUGUUCAAAAUUGUACGUAGAAAUUGGCUGUUUUGUCAAUAAUAUACCGGUGUACUGCUGUGUACAUAUUGCAUUAAAAAUAUCAUAAUAUAUUUAAUUGAUGUUACCUAGCGAUUAUGUGGCUGUUUUUAUUUUUUAUAUAAUGCCAAUCUGAAAUGUAAACUUUAGGGAAUUUUAAUUGUAAACGCCGGCUUGAUGAGCAAAGGCAAAAGCUACCUCCUUAAGCCGUCCACCUAUAGAAAUCUCAUAUUAUCAAUAUUCAAAUACGUAAACAUUUCAAAUUACUUCAGUCUAUGGCCACAUCCACUUUCCUUUGACUUAAGAUGCAUUUUCUUUAUUGCUUUUCGAUAAUUUCAAUUUACUCAAUUGUACCUAAACCAGCAACGAGACAACAGUAAAAAAUGAAGGUCUCAUUCUCUGGAAAUGAUAAUAGAUUAAUGUGUAUUUGUUUUUAAUAAAUUAGUUCUAUGUUUGGUGUAGGGAUAACUAUUUAUUAAAACAGAUCGGUUAUGAUUAAGUAAACAGAACAACUAAAUUUUACAUUGAAUAUUUUAAAAUAUAUUUUAUAAUAAUCUAUUUAUAGUACUUAUAACAACAAAUAAAACUCAUUAGUAAUUACAUGAUAUCCUGCUGUGCCUUCUAUCUAAUAAUUAUGUUAUCAAAAAAUAUAGUUAUGAAUUACACAUCUUACCGUUAAGGAUCUAUAUUAGAAAAUUAUAUUAAUAAUAGUUUUGAACUUGAAUUUUGUGUUAAGCUACUUACAGUGUCAGGCUAUUGUAAAUAAAUAUUAUUUGGAUAUUAAUUAUUUUCAUUACCUUAUUAAUAUACAUAUGCAAGAAAUAACCUUUCUUCCGAUUGCAUCGUGUAUGUUUCUCUUGGUUCACUCUCUGGCAGAAUUUUUGGAAUCGUUGUCGGAUAAAAUAGCCCGGGCUGCCGCCUUCGCCUUGCAAAUCACUACAAAGUAUAAAACAAUGUUGCUUUCUUUGUCCCUAUAUUCCCAUAUAUGCUUAAAUCUUUAAAACUACGCAACUGAUUUUCAUGCGGUUUUUUUUUUAAUAGAUAGAUUGAUUGGAGAUGAUGGUUUUAUGUAUAGUAAGUUUUUAGGUUUUGUACAAACUGACGAUAUUACAACGAUAUUAGGUCAAUAUGUUGGAAAAAAUAAAGCCGAUCUGAAGCUUUCCUCGAAAACGCUGCCAAAAACUUUUGAGUUAUAACAAAACAUUGUGGAAUUGUACCUCUUUAAUAGAUCUACAAAAAAGUCCGCGGUGGUAUAUGUCUAUAUUCCAAGGAUAACCUACAAUAACC